CGUCGAGCGGCAGUCGCGCGCGUCCUCGCCUGCCGUGUGGUCGUGUGCGCUUCGUGCGGCGAAUGCUCUUACAUCAAAUACAUCAUAUAAGGUACUCGGGGAACUCGCUUUUGGCGGGUUUUCGCACGGACGUGAGCGGUGAUCGUGAUGCGCUUUGCAUUCGGACACGGAAUGCGUGCGUGUUGUCAGUGCGCUCCGCCUCUUAGUGUGUUUGUGCGGCGUCACAGUGAAAUCUGUGGCGAGGACCACCAGUGAUCUCUUGGAUUGCAGUGUUGGAUCGGAGGAUUGACUUUGAGACGCGACCACAUCAGCUUUUUUGCUAAACUGUCGGUGUGCGUUAGUGGAUGAAACUUUUAUUCAAAUAUGUUCGUUCGUGGUGUUGGUUAAUAAGUAAUAUUGUGCUGUGUUGUGUUAAACAGUGAUAUAUUUAAAACAAUCAGUAUUGAUAAAAGUGAGCCCGCCAUUGCUGGUAUGCAUAUGUGUUAUGAAAGGCCUGGCCUGGUCACCGCCCUGAACGGAAGUGUUGGGUACGACAAGUGGGACCGGGACAGGGGCGGGGGGAGCGGCGGCGGGGGCGCGCCGGCCGCCUGGCCCGGCCGCGACCGCGAGCGCGAUCGAGAGCGCGAGCGGAAGGCGCGCGCGCACCAGAUGUCGCAAGCGCACGCCCCCGAGCCCGAUGCAUCGUCGCUCUUCCCGGCGCCGUUCAGGGUAACAGGCAACAGGGAUCGCGUGAGCCAGCAGAUUCAAACCAAGCUUGGCGACUACCACCUCGCGCAGUGGUUCAUCGAUGACCCCAGUAAAUCUAUUGGGAUCUGUGCCGAACCACCCAGUCCUGCGCCAUGUCUACCAUCACGGCGAGAGAGCGAGUUCAAGAAGCCGGCUCACGCCCCCCAGAACGGCGUCCGCCAUCACCGCCCCCAUAUCCCACACAGCAAGAGCGAUGGUUCCGGUUCGACGGGAGCCCCGCACAGGCCGCCCCCCAUAAGGAUACCCAACGGUAUCCAGUCACAGAAUGCGAUCGACAGCAGUCAACCGCCAAUAGAAAGUAUUUUAAAGGAGAUGAAGUCUCUGCCGACGCCGUUGUCUGUGAUAGCUGCGACGCCAAGAAAGGAAUUGGAGAACAAAUUCAUCUUCAACCCUUACACAAAUAAGGUCCAAGAGAACCCUCAGUUGGCCGCCAACGAUCUCAAAACACCCCUACCCAAACCCGGUUUAGACAAUCGGAUAUCGAACUCAAGGAGUUCAGUCUCACCUGAUGUGGUGAACAAGGACCUCGGUUUGUCGGAGAGCGACGAUGAGGUCAACGCCGUGAUUGGACCGCCUAUAUCACCAAUCGGGUCGGCGAGUCCAAGCUCGGGCAGUUCAUCACCGUCUGAUUCAGAAUCAGAGUCCUCGUCCGCGGAGUCGACAACGCCAGCGCCGGCGCCGACGGCGGCCGCCCCGGCCCCCGCGCCCGCGGCCACCGCCCCUGCGCCCACGCAACGCUCGUCCUGGAGCCUCUCCAACUUCGCUCCCCCUCCCGCGCACCCACCAGACCAGACCUAUGACUCGGGCAAAGAUGUCAGGCACGCCCUUGCCGAUAUCAAAGGGAAACCGAGUCCGAUUUCUGAGAUGUCGGAUUCCGAGGCGUCGUCGCCGUCCCCGGACAUUAGACGGAGGCGGUCCAGGGUGUCGGCCGCGUCCAGCGAUGAGGACACGCCAAGGCAUACGACAUCACCCCGCGUGAAAAUGUCGGAGUCGUCAGCGCCGACGGGCGCGGUGAAGCGAGGCAGGCCGCCCAAGGCGCGGGCGUCGGAGGAGCGGCCGUUAAAGAAGCCCCGCGGUCGUGGCCGGCCCCGCAAGCCUAAGCAGGGCUCCUCCCCGGGUGCUGCGCCCCCUGCGCCCCCGGUUGCGGCCCCCGCUCCCGCCCCGCUACACGACAGCGACGUGGAGCCCGACCCACCGCCACACCACCAUCCCCUGCAAGACACCAAGACGCACAUCUUUCGCAAGGUUUUUACACCAAAAAAGAGCGACGAGUGCGGCGGCAAGGGAGGUAAAGGCGGCAAAGGCAAGGGCGGCAAGGGCAAGGGCCAGGUGACCAUCAUCGAGGUGACGGCGCCCGACGCCGACGACGAGGAGCGCCGCAACCACGAGGCGCUGGCGCGACUGUCGCCGCCGCACGACGCGCGCCACGACCGACACGACCGCCACCGCCGCUCCGCCGACCGCCUCGACCGACCUGCCAACGACAGAAUACCCAUCGACCGACCCCCCAGCGAUCGGACGAUGGACCGGAUACCCGACCGGACCUCCUACGAGAGAAUACCCUCCGAUCGAAUCGUUAACGAUCGGAUACCGACUGAACGUACCUCCAACGAUCGGAUACCCGACCGGCCGGUCGAUCGGAUAUCGACAGAGCGAACUCCGACCGACCGCGCUUCGGACAGAUCGUCGUCUGCCAGUGAACGGUUAUCGGUGGAUCGGUUAUCCGGCGGACUGUCGUCAGAUCGGCUCGCGGAUCGACGGUCGUCAGAGCGAGUGCCGGGCGACAAGAUGUCGAUAGACCGGCUACCGACCGACAGGAUGGCGCACGACCGACUGUCGGGAGAAAGGCCGCACGACCGGAUAUCUGCGGAGAAGCUCUCACACGACCGUUUGUCCGACACCAAGGGUAGGUUGGGCGACAGCAAGCUGGGACUGGAGCGGCUGGACAGCAAGUUGCUGGACAAGACGCUCGACAAGUCGCUGGACAAGUCUUUGGAGCGCGUGGAGCGCCUGGAGAGGGCGCAGCCCGAGCGGUACGUGCGCGCGGAGGCCGACGUCGGCUCCGGACUCAAGUCGAACAGGGUCGACGACAGGCUCGAGGACGCGUCUUCCAAUGGUCGGUCCCGUCCCCGGCUAAUGGUCCGGUUGUCCCUGUCCCGGCUGCGGCCGGACACGCUGCGCGCCAUACAGAGGCCGCGACGGGUGCCCGUCAAACGACCUCACUCUCCUCUACCAGAACAGGGCGGCGAGGUGGCUGCGACGAACCACGAGCGGACAGAAACGUACGCGGGACAGACUCCCAUAUACUUCUCGUACUUCGAGAGACUGCCUGCCGACGCAUUGUCCGACGAAGAAAGGGAUCAUAAGUACUACCUAGAAGAAGCGACACGUCUCCGCGCGGCGGCGGAGAAGGAACAAGAACCGCUGCCGCGCGUCAUGCGGUACCUGGAGUCAGUUCUCUGCUUCGUGCUCACCGGCCGGGUACUGGAACUGGAGCUGGACACCAAGGGAGCCUUCACCAUCUACCGCGAGACCAUCGAGUACAUCAAGAGCAUACACUCCAUGCCGCAGCGGUUCCGCGCCAGUCCGCACGAUACAUUUAACAAACUUGAUAUACUGAGCCUCCGCGUCCAAGCGUUGCUGUACCUGCGCAUGUUCAAGAUGUACAACCGCGAAGUGAAGGAGUACAACAAGAUCGUCCACGAGUACCAACAGAAGGUACGUGCCGAUCCGGCGCUAGCGGAGUCAGUGUCCCCGUUAUCCCCGACCCCGUCUCCCGCGGGGUCAGUGGGGUCGGUGGGGUCGGGGUCUGCCUCGUCCGGGUACUGUUCCCUGGCCCACUCGGUGCCUGCGCACGCGCACCAAGCGUUGUUGCUCCUCAACAAGUACUACGCCUUCCUAUACGUCGCGCAUGAUCUGUGGGAACAAGCUGAUUCCUUGUGUCGUCUGAGGGCUAAUAGAGACCUAUUCAUAGCAGUGGACCGUAAGUGCGGUCCGCUGUCGCUGUCGUCGACGUUCCGUCACCUGGUGCAGUACGUGCGGCACGCCAUCUCGCUGCUGAAGCUGGCGCCGCGGGACUGACGCCGCGCCGCGCGCCACUGGUAACCAGACCCUAUCUCCCACGCAUAAGCACCAAAAUCCAACACACUGUGACACGCAAAACUACAUAUAAACUCACCCUUUAUACGUAGUCUUGCAUCAUAUAAAAUUGUUAGUAUGUAAUAGUAAACCGCACUCGUGAUUUGGGCAGUACUUGAUUAAUAAACAUAUCCCUAAUUGAAUGAUAAAUGGAUAUUAUCUGAAGUGCGUUUACUAAUACAGACGUUCAGUCACAAUGUGUGUCCGUAGCGAUGUGUGUGCAUUGUAGUUAGGUAACUUUGGACGAUUGAGCGCAUGCGCAUCGCUACGGGACAUGGUCGGUGUUCGCAUUUACUUGGAGAUACUGGGCCACGCCAGUGCGCGAGUUGUAUGUACACUCAGCAAUAUUUACCGAAGAGAUGAUGGUAACAUCACACUGAACUACCCCUGUACUAUGAACCCGGUUCCGAUGCAUCGGUUACCUCGCAGUGACGCCGGUGCCACGAGAGUGCGAGAGUAACGCGGACAGGUCCGCUUUGUGUCACUCGACAAUAUCACUCAACUCAAGUCUUCGCAUUUCGUUCUCUUCCCAAAUCGAUGACCAAAAAACAAAAUGUAAAAAUUUGUAAGAAAAUUUGUAAAUACGGCAUCGUUGCGUAGCAACGGGCGAGCGAGUCCGAUUUGAUUACCGACUCUGUAUCAUAAGUGAUAGACUAAUCAUAUCUUAAGUGUUUUGCGUUGUAGUUUUACUUCCCUACCAAUGGAAACGUUUUACUGUCGGGAACACAUAUACGAAUUGCUCGUUUGUUAGUGUAAUGGGAGCUAUACGACAAAAAUAAUUUUUUGAUCGCAUGUGGGCCAAUCGAGUAUAUUAAUAUAACUCAACAUGUAUGGGAUCACUUGUAGGUCUUCGCAAUAAUUUACAGAUUUAUACUUUCGCAAUGUUGAUUUACGCGAGUGACGUGCGUGUCAUUCGUUUUAUAAUUUAGUUUAGAUGUAUAAUGUAGUGCAACGAGUUUAGUAUCGGGGCGAUCAGCAACACAUCGGGAACUACAGAGCUGCGCGGCGGGAGCCACGGCGGACGGUGGUUAGGCGAAUACAACACCAAUUAGCUUAGAUUAUUGAUUAUUACGAUAUUUUAAAACAAUGUUGUAUAAGGUACAAUAUGCAAUAUCAACGUACGAUUAACUAAAUUGACUGUGACUAGGCAAUGAAGUGAUAUUUCAUCUACCUCAUGAAAUAAGGUCGCUACUUAACAUAGAGUCCGCUCUAUACGUGUAUUCACUAUGCUUCCGCACUACGAGACUUCCAAACGGCACGAUAUACAAUGACUUACACCUGUACUACGAGAAUGAAUUGAACGAUUAUCUUAAUGAAAUUGAUCCGAUUGGCUGAAUAUAAAGUCAUUGUUAGGAACUUUGAUAGUUAUACUUUAUACUGGCAUUCAUGCACUCAUGGAGCCAACAUUAUCGUUGUGAAAAUUAAAGACGCUAGCUACAGUUUUAAGGAAUUAAGUUAAAUUAAUUUAGAUGAAGUAACACGCCCGCCAUGGCUCAGCGCCGCGCAGACAGCGAACAAUCCGCCGGGACGCAGGUUCCCAGUAACACACGUCAUAGAUAACAGACUACUUACUGAACAAUGAUUGAGCAAAACCCUGUUUAUUGUCAUGUCUUAAUAUAAACAUUUUUUCGUAUACAUAUCAAAUAAUUUGGGGACAAAUCAGGUAGUUUCAUUAUGAAUGUAAUCAAUGGCGAUCUAUAUAAUUUUGUACGCUUAGAAAUGGUGAAGUACGCGAUCAAGACAGUCGUUGGUCUCUGAUCAUCGCAAUCCACACAUUAUUUGGAGUGACAAUAAUACUCUGCUAGGGGAGCUAGAUUCGUUUAUAUGUAAAGUCCACUGCCCUUCGGUGUGCAAUCCUGAACAAAUCAAAAUGAAUAUUCCUUUCGUUUUAUAAUAAAAAAAAGUUCAAAAUAUAUUUUAAUGAAUACUUUUGAAGAGUACAAUAUAUGCUUGACAUGAACAGAUUUGACUCUGCAACAAAGUGUCCGUAACACCAAUAUAUUAUAUAUUCCUCUCGGUUGUUUAUCAAAUUUAUGUUGUGAUUGUAUAUACAUAAUAUUAUUAUAUUAUACAUUUUGUAAUGAAUAUACAUGUUAGUGCCAGAUAGGUUUUUGUAUGAACGUUUAUAGUAAGAGAGGUGAGGGGCCGAUCCGCCGGCUACAUGUCAUAAGGAGCGACUAGAGAUGCCUUGUACAUAGUAUAAUGUAAGAAAUGUGUAGUUUUCACUCUAUAUUUUAAUUUAUAUGUAAACUAUAUUUAUAGCUAAGCGGACAAGGAGAAAUUAACAUAAUAAUGUUUGUAUAAUGGUGCGUGUUUCGAUGUGAGGCCUGGCGUGAGAGUGGACGACGAGUGUACGUGAGCUUGCAGCGUUCACUUCUAGUGUCGUAGGAUAGUGGCAGCGUCCGUCAGUCUCGGCACGUUACCACUUUACCAGCGAGUUACCCGCACUGGCCGCCAGCGUGCUUCCUUACUUAACGGUCCGUACGUUCCCUCGGUCUCUACACACGCACUGGUCUACACGUGCAGUGCUCCUCACAGCAAUAAAUUCUUAAAACAGAGCACCGCCAACUAAAGUAUCUCUACUGUCCUUGCAUAGACAAACAUCACAAUAGUGCCGGGAAUAUUUCCAAUUAGAUUUAGUAAGUUUUAUAGUAAUUCUUCACAAUCGUCAAUGUUUUGUGUUCCAAAUGUGCAAACCCUCUUGUUGUUGGGGGACGAUAUAAAUAUAUUUUGGACAGUAGAUGUACAUUAAUGGCCAGAGUCGUGUGUACGCAGACUUGUAGCGAACGUACAGGAUGUAUUUAUUUAACGUAACGUUUAUUUCGUUCGUCUUAAUUCGAAAUAUUCGCAGCAACAUGAACAUAGUCUCGUCACCGUCGGUACUUACACCCGCACAAAUGUUUUAAUUUAAAUUUUAGUUGAUUAUUUAAUUUAUUGUGGCAUUGUAUUACUUUUAAUUUUACUGCACAUGAUGCGAAGUUUACUUAAAUUGUAGAAGUUAUUGCGAGGCGUUUUAUCAAAGAUCUGGCAAUGUCGAGUCGAGCGACCUCACGCGUGACGUCGCCUCGACUUGUCUACUCGUGGUAAUGCAAACAUUGCUUUUUAUUUAUUAUUUUCAAUCAAAAUCAUAAAUUUCAUCUCGUAAGGGAACUCGCGUAUAUGUACUUGGUUUUUGUUAAUCGUUAUAGUUCUUAAUGAGUUAUAAUACAAUUAUUAUUAUUAUUUUUGUUUUGUUGCUUAUUUUUUGUGGUUAAGCUAUUAUUUUGGCCUUAAUAUUAAAAGUAUCACAAAAUUACCAUUGACAAAAGAACUGUGAUCAACAUUUUACUUACAAAUCCACAAGUUUUAAUCUUAAAUCAAGAAGAAUUACUUAAUCUCCCCACUUUUAAUGUUGUUGAAGUUGUUUAGGUCGGAGUGACCUAUAGAGUGCGCCACUAGCGGACUGGCUUACUUACUAAGUUGUCUAUGUCCCCCCCUGUAGUGUCAAUGGAAUACUUAAUUACAUUAGUUCUUCCCUCGUACCUUCGUGUACUAUGUUUCUGACCACCAUGAGGUACAUCCUAAAUCUCAAAUGAGCCUAAAAUUGAAACCAAAUUGACAAUUUAUUUAAGAUGAUGAACAAGUGAGCGCUGGUUAGGAAGCAUUAGGCGAUUGUUUUAGGAAAUUGUAAAAUACUGUUUUCUUUUUUAGCAUCUUGUGUUGAUAGCAUGUAUAAUUUGUUUUUUUUUUAUUCGCGUUAAGAAUUAUGUAUAAAUUUGUUUUCCUUUAAUUUUAUUAUUUGUGUAACUAUACCUUAUGUUAUUGAUAAUAGAAUACAUUAAUUUUAUGUAUGGAUUUAUAUUUGUUUCUUUAUUUUACCUUUUUCCUUUUGGUUGAGCAUGUGUGUGUGGCUAGCAGACGGUAUAGUUCGUCGGUAGGCGGGUAGUGGAUGCGAGAGUCGGACGCUUUAGUUAAGUCAUAGAGUAAUACAAAAUGCCUUUCGUCAAUUUUGCCAUUUCGAGACACCACGUCGCCGCAGCCGCGCGGCGCUCCAAGCUAUUGCAAUAAUAUCGUAUUGUUCAGCGCAGAUGUGAUCGUCAGUAAUGCCUUAUAGCAAGUGUCUUUCAGCUGCAGAUUUUAGAGUAAUUUUGAAGCAGUAUAUACAGUACGUACCGCGGGCCCGGUGCAGCGCGACAGUAAGUCAAUCUAUGUGAGACGGACGCGCUUUACAUUAGUCCUAGAAUAGAACUGUGCGACUGUACAUAAGUAGGAUAUUUUAAUACGAGGUACCUGUAUACACCGUAACACCAAUACCUACUUAUUGCAGAUAUAUUUAUACAUCAGAAUAUCAUAUUUAUACAUCGGCUUCUACACUAUAUUUUAAUAAAUAGUCAAUGUUUUAUUGAUCGGUUAUAAAGUAAUUAUAAAUAAGAUUUAAUACAUAAUGUUGGUGUUAGAUUACCUAGGUUAACGAUACAAAGUACAAUGGUAUGUAGUUACUGAAAUAUAAUGAAAAGCAAUAAUAUUUUAGUCGAGUGACUGGAGGCAAGCGUUGCGGCUUCCAGCCCGGUAAAGGCCAGGAGACAUGCGCUAGCAUUCGCUUCCACUACUAAGCAAGCGUUGAAGGAGUGGUACAAAUAAUGGAGUAAUAAAGGAUUGCGUAAUUGUCAUGUUAAACUGCCUACAACUGUCGCCGCUGUACCGCGCCCGAGGUACGAACACAGUUUGCAGAGUAUAUCAAUUAUAAAGCUAAUAUAUGAGUAUAUUUGUAUGUUAGUCUGUGUGUCGUCGUUAGAUUCGUGUUGGACCGCUGCAAGCUCCCCGCUGCGGCCGCGAGCCGGCCCAGGCAACGCUUUGUAUACGAUAGAUAUAAUAGUUUUGCGAGACAUAUGUUUAUGCAGCGAUCACCUGAUUUGUUAGGAAGUAUUCAUUCAUAGUAGAAUCAUUUAUACUUAUAUUUAUAGUUGACGUUAAUGGUUUAGAGUAGGUUAUAAACGACAUUGUGCUUUACUAAGGGGCAGAUAAGGUUUAUAUUAGUAAAUACAUAGUUGUGUUCAUAUGUUGCAGAAAAAUGCACAGGAAUAAAUAUUGGUUGAAACUUGUUUAUCUAUCAAUAAAAUUACAACAGAACAUGUUUUAAAUAGAUUAAGUUUAUGUACUUAAAAAUAAAUAGCUAACACUUCAUUGAUGAGAUGUAAUAGAUAAAUGUGUUCUAUACAGCAAUAUAUAGAUAACAGUUGUUCAAUUCAACAAAUAUUAUAAAGUUGUCAAAUAAAUUUAUAUAUGUUAAUAUGUAGAGUAAUUAUUGUUAUUAUUGCAUUAUUCAUUAUGUAAUUACCCUUAACGGUUUGUGGAGCACAGAUAAAAAACCCAUGUAAUAACAUCCCAUGGAAUCUGAAUAAGACUAAUGCCCACAACCUAGUCGGGUAAAGACUAAAAAAAAGUUAAAUAAUGCUAUUGUUUUUGUUGUUAUACUAUUGCCACUUAGAAAAGCACGAUGUCUCAGUUACUAAGACAGCAUUCACACAUCACAACUUAAAAUAUACUUAAAUAAGUGACAAAAAUAAAAAUAAAGAGUGCCUAAUAAAAUAGGUAAUACCGAUAUCAAUAAUAAUAACGUUAAACAAGCCAUGAAAAGGUCGAUAAAGGUUUAUCGAUAAGUUACAAGUCGCAUCCUUAUUGGUCAAUUUAGUUACAAUUUCUUAUUACGUUAUGAAUUCUGCCGUACUCAGAGUCGUUUAAUGCUUGCUUAACCCAGUCCUUGACAAUUGUUUGAGGAACUGUUUCUAAAUGCCGCAUUCAGAGACAUUUAAUGAUUACUUAAACUAUUUCUUAGUAACGAUUUUGUAUCGAAAACAAUUGCUAAGGACUGGAUUAAGUAACCAUUAAAUGACUCUGAGUAGGUAAGGAAUAGUUUGAUAAAUCAUUAAAUGUCUUCGAGUACAGCAGUUAACAAGAAAAAUAUUGUUUGUUAAUGUUUAAAAUUCAUAGGUCAACUAUAGAUAUAGGUUUAAAAAAAGGCAAACCCAUUACAAACCUUUAAUUAGUGCCAUGAAACCUAACGUUCGUGAAAUUGUUAAAAAAAUACUUAGAUUUAAUGAAUUGAAGAUUUUAUUUCGCCGUUUGUCAGACUUCUUCGUAAACCAAACAAUAAUUUCAUUAAAGUUAUCGAAUUAAUUAAGAAUCACGGUUUACUCAGGUAGAUGAAUGGAGAGGGGAUGAAAAGUCCCUUUUUGACUCGAAACUAGUAGAGCUUUUCUCUAUUAAUGUACGUGAGUAAACCGUGAUUUUUAGUUAGUUUGGUAUGUCUUUUAAAAUUGUUUAUUAUUAUCAUUUUAAAACAGUAAUUGAAAUAAAUAGACAAGACUAUAGCUGUAAUGGAAUUAUUGGCGAUUUAUGAACAUAAUAUCACAGUAUAUUUUUGUAUGAACAAACAAACUCAAGUUUUGUACGCAAGUAGUGGUUCAGUACUUAACAAGAGCUUCAUAAAGCAAGCAAAUCAUUAACUUAGAACUAUUAUAAAGUAUUGCCUGUUAACAAUAUUCUAGUUACUGUUAUCAUUGCUAUACCUAAUUAGAAGUUUACUGUAAUCAUUCAUUUACCGACACAAAGGAAUAUAGUUGUUACAUUAAUAUUAGACACUGCGACCCCGCAAUUUUAUACACCAAGCAAUUAUACUAUAAGUUACCAUAAGCAAGCCAUUUGAAGACAAACGUUGUAUUCUAAACUAUCGACGGAAUUCUAAAUGGAAUGUCGUAUAUAGUCACGGAUAGUUUGUACUCGCACAUUGAAUAUUUUUGCAGUGAUUUUGAUACGACGAUCUGUAUUGAGGAGUACCUUCGCAGCGCUCCCAGCCUUGUGUGCGAAGGGGAAUUGAAUUCGUUUAUUUUAGAUUUAAAUAUGUAAAGUUCAAAUGGGAAAUUUAAAUUGUGCCUUAGUGACAAUCGUUUAGCCUCCAAUUUCGUUUGGAAUCUCUCGAGAGACGUGGUUAAGAGAUGUGUUAUUUUUCAUCAGUGUCGAUCGGAAUCAGUAAUGUUCUGAUACUCAAUGCACUGUACAGUACUCGCACUAUGUACAGAGCUAUACAGUGGUUUACUGAUAACCCCUUCCGAAGUUAUAGUUGAACUAAAUUAAUGCAAUAAUAUUUAAACAAUAUUUUGUUUUAUUGGAUGUUGUGAUUGAUUAUAUUUACAAUUAUAUAUUAUACGUAGAGCAGUAUGUAUAUGUCGUAGCAAUAACUUUAAGUGUGGCAAUAAGAUAUAGUGCAUUUGCUUUUGUGUCUCGAGUAAAUAAAUGAAACGAUGUAUAUGUAUAGAGUACCCAGUGGCGACUAGUCGAGCCGGCGCUGUACACUGCUUACAUCAUCAUGUACGUACAAUAAGUUCAAAUUCUUGACGUUUUAAAAAUAUAUUUAUAUUUUAUAAUAUAUUAUCUCAAGUGGAAGUAAUUAGUUACGUAGUGAAUCGAAUGUAUCGAGUAUUGUGUGUCUGGUCAAUGUUCGUUACGUUCUAGCGCGCCACGCCUGGCCGCAGCGCUCCCGCUGCGUGGACGCUCCGGGGACGCUGCGUGAGCGCUGCGGUUACGCGGCGCGCCAUGUUGAACCUACUUCCUCUAUACGAGUCUGUCGCUUUACAUCGCACGUUUCCUCUCACUGUCCUCUCUCUUGUGUUACUACAUGUCCGAGACAAAUUAUUAGCGUAAGUCAAAGUGCCAAGAGUCGCGAAUCCUUUCCUAAGUGCAAUUCCUUCUCAAUUACUCUGUACCUACCUGUAUAUGUAUGUACGUCAGUUAGUUCUCGCACACGACGGACGCGUCGUCUCGCUUAGCCAAACUUGUCUAUUACUACGGGAUACUUUAAUUAGAAACAAUUUUAUUAUUGUAACGUUCGAGCUUUAGCAAGUUGCGUGUGUCUACAGACUGUUGAACGAGUCGUUAUGUUUGUAUUGUUUAAUGUUUCCUUCGCUCACUUCCUUCCACCAUCUUGGAAAGUGUCCCGCAAGUCAAAGUGAGAAAAUAAUAGUGUAUAAAUUAACGAAAUCCCAUAAUGUUUAACUUAACGAUACUAGCAGCUAAUGUUAAUGAUAUUCUAAAUUAUGUUUUGUAGUGGAUGUUUUAUUCUCGAUAUGAUAGCGUAAAGUACGGAGGUGGUCUUCGUAUGUUAACAAAUAUUAGAGCAAAUGUAAGUGGCGACCUCUCGCGGUGGAUUCGUGGGGACAUGAUAGGCAGCGAAUCGGUCGCGAGGGUUCGGAGCCGGGGCGGUGCCUGCGCCGCGGCCUCAGUUUGUGACGGGCGGGGUGCAGCGCACCGCGCGAGUAGACCGACGUCGGGCCUUCGCUGUAACACACAUAGCGGCACGAGCCGAUGUUACGUACAUUUGUAACGAGUAGAACGCGUGUAUUAAAAUAAGGGACAAACAAAUUAUAGUAUAAAAUUGUUUACCAGACGCCCCGUAUCGGGCGUUAGACGAAAAUAUUAUUUUUCUUAGAUCACAUUAUAUUGUAAUAAAAUGGUAUAGAAGUAUGCGUGCGGCGGUGCGUCGGGGCAGCGAUGCGCGCGCACAGAUUAAAAAAUGUUAUUUUUUUACGAGCGCGGCACCACGCCGCCCGGACGCAACGCACGCACUCGUAUUUGUUAUGUUUAAGAGGAAAUAUCUAUUGUCUAUUCCAAGGGUUGAAUAACUACCAACACUUUUUUAUAUUACAAUAAUUAUAGAAAUUAUUAUUGAA